AUGUUCAAGAACCUGAACACUGCCACCCUGGAGAAUCCACUGAACCUGUCUGCUCUCGGCACAUUUUGGAUGAUCCAGAUCUGGAUGCAGGUUUACUUCCCAGAAUUGAGGUUCCCAGAUAUAGUUCUGCCUAAGGAUCAAGUCCUGGCUCUCCCUCUGAUGUCGGCAGAAGUGCCCAAAUUUUCAAUCAAGGAGUACUUGAUGUUCUUUAGGCACAGCACCAAGAGGUCUGCUGCUCAAUGGCAUGUGGUGCUCAAAAGAACUUAUCCCUAG